CUUUGUUUUGUUUUGGUUUGCUAAGGUUUGGUUUGGUUUCGUUCGCAUUAGACGCGAGCACGUGGUGCUACCGGCGACAAAGACGUAAAUAUACUUGCAAUUGUUAAAAGAAUAAUUUUCGUUUUGGUUUUGUUUUUUUUAGUUUUGUUUUUCGUUCGCAUAUUUCUUUUUUUGCGCGCGUAGUUCGUUUUUUUUUUGGUUUCGGUUUUGUUUUGCGCUUUUCAUAUUUUUCUCCUAUUUUUUUUCGGCCUAUUGUAAUUGUUGCGAAGCGGCAUACCUAUAUACACAUUAUUCGCGCUUCGUAUUGAUUUUCGAAAUUUCUCACUCGCACCUAUACAUAUAGGUACGAAAGGAUUUUUGUAAUUAUUUUCCGCAACAAAGUACACAUCACUCGCUGCAGUUCGGUUUGUUUUGUUUCGUUUUGUUUGCGCGAGUUUGUCGAGACUUGAACAAAAGUCGCGUCAACGUUUACGCUACUGUGCUGUAUAGUUUACGAGACGGCAGUUAAUAGACAUUCGCCGUCAUCGUAACGGUAUAUUCUUUUAAUUAGGCAAGUUGUCCGUUCGGUGCACUUUUGUCGAAUCGCAUACUCUACUGUGAAAACGCUCACAACACAUUGUGCUACCAACCAUCAUCUAUCCAACCAACCAACCAAAAGCAAACAAUCAGUCCCCGAUCAAAGUUGCCAUCGGAAGCCGUAUUCGUGGUACGUUGCUGUCGCGUGCUGAUUAAGAACACGGAGGUCGCCCAAUAGACCAUUAUCCAAGUCAGAGGUCACUAACGACUCCCAUUUGACACUCACAUCGCGCUGGAGUUCGGCGCUUUCGGAAUCUAUAGCUACUCUUUCAGAUCCAAUAGCCGAGUAAUCGAUUGCAAAAUGGCGGUGGCUGCUGCGCAAAAAAGUCGCGAAAUGUUCGCCAUGAACAAAUCGUACAGUAUCGAGAACGGAUACCCAGCUCGAAGAAGAUCCUUGGUCGAUGAUGCCCGAUUUGAAAGUCAGGUCGUCAAGCAAACCAAACAGAGUAAAUUGGAGGAAGCUAGACAACGUGCUAAUGUAAUACUCGUAGAAGAAGCGAAUAUUUCAGAGCGAAAAAAUCUGAUUCCAAAACCAUUCGACGCCGUUCACGUGAACAACGAAAUACAAAAUGCUUUGCAACGUUUACAAGAAAAAAUUACCGAAAUAACCGCUUCGAAUGAAAACGAAGGUACCGACGAUUGCAACGAAAAGAAAGAUGCCGGCCUGACCGAAGAAGAGGUGUUGAUCGAGAACUCGGUGACUCCGGAAACCAUCGAAACUAUCCAACGCACUACGUUAUUAUUGCGCAUGAAAGAUGGCAUCGCUUCACUCGCCAACAUACUCAAGAUAGUCGAAAAUGGAAGAGGCGUUAUCGCGCAUUUAGAGUCACGUCCGUCUAAGCAACCCGGAGCUCAAUUCGACGUGCUGGCCAAAAUUGAUAUAUCACGAAAAGAUCUUCUCAUAUUGAUGAGAAGCCUCAGACAGAGCUCCAUUCUGGCCGAAGUCACCAUUUUAACUGACAAUAAAAUCAACGUGAAAGAUCCGUGGUUUCCGAGACACGCCAAAGAUUUAGAUAAUUGCAAUCAUUUGAUGACGAAAUACGAACCGGAGUUGGAUAUGAAUCAUCCUGGAUUUUCGGACAAGCUUUACAGAGCUCGUCGUAAGGAAAUCGCCAACAUAGCCUUCAAUUAUAAAUACGGCGAACCUAUUCCGCGUAUACAGUACACCAAAGAAGAAGAGGCUACGUGGACAGCUGUAUUCAACACGGUGCUGGAUUUGAUGCCGAAACAUUUCUGUAUCGAAUAUCAACGCGUGUUUUCGCUUUUGCAAAAAGAAAGCAUUUUCAGACCGGAUAAAAUUCCCCAGUUGGAAGAAAUGUCCGACUUUUUGAAAAGGCACACCGGGUUCACACUUCGACCGGCGGCAGGCUUACUUACAGCCAGAGAUUUUCUGGCCAGUUUGGCAUUUAGAGUAUUCCAAAGUACGCAAUAUGUGCGUCAUCAAACUACACCAUUCCACACACCCGAACCCGAUUGUAUUCACGAAUUACUUGGACACAUGCCGUUGUUAGCCGAUCCUAGUUUUGCUCAGUUUUCACAAGAAAUUGGUCUCGCUUCGUUGGGAGCUUCUGACGCCGAAAUUGAAAAAUUGUCGACGGUAUACUGGUUUACAGUUGAAUUUGGACUGUGCAAAGAAAAGGGUGAAAUCAAAGCCUACGGAGCUGGUCUAUUAUCGGCAUACGGCGAGCUAUUGCACGCCAUUUCCGAGAAACCAGAACGUAGACCUUUUGAUCCGAAUGUGACAGCCGUGCAACCAUACCAAGAUCAAGAAUAUCAGCCCAUUUACUACGUUGCCGAAAGCUUCGAAGAUGCCAAAGAAAAAUUCAGACGCUGGGUAUCCAACAUGUCGCGUCCUUUCGAAGUUCGAUAUAAUCCGCACACGCAGCGAGUCGAAGUACUCGAUUCGGUUGAAAAAUUAGAUAACCUAAUGAAUCAACUGAAUUUAGAAAUAUUACAUCUGAAUACGGCUUUCAAUAAAUUAAAAUCUCAAUAUUUUUAACAAUCUUUACCUAUUAAGUUUAAUUAUGUACCUAUUUUAUGAAGCUUAAUUAAUGUACGACCGGUCCUCUCAUUAUUAAAGCUUACAAGUUC